UCACAUUUUCGAAAUGUGAAGUACUAGUUCUUGUUGUGUACUGGCUUUUACACCAAUUCCAUUAAUAUCCGGAAAUCUACCUACAGGGAGACCUGUAAUUACAUGGAAUUAUGGAUGUAGAGAGUAACAUGCCAGAAAUUCGUAAUAUGAAAAUAAUUAUGCUUAUAAAAGACACGGAAAAAAUUAUCAGUUCGAAAAAGUUUGUCAUUUUGUUUCAUCUGAAGCCCAUUUUUCUCAGUAUUUUACGUCCUUUAGCCAUGAUAUGGACGCAAUGUCGUCAAAUCGGUCAGUUUUCUUUGUUUCGGUCAUUAAUUCUUAAAUUGGUUGUUUAGAAGUGCGACUUCAACCGACCAAUCAGGUCCUUGCACUUCAGAUGUCUCUUAGCUAGAAGACCAAUCAGAAUCUAGGAUUUUUGUAAAGAAAAAAAAAAAAAAAAAAAACAGUUGUCAUUCGUCACAGCCCACAGGCAGAUUUUCAGUCUGAAAAAUAUUUAUCUGCCGGUUGCCGUUUGGCUGUUUUAGUGUCUCUGGUGGGUGUUCUGUGUGCAAGCCGCAAGGAGCUUCGAGUUUCUUAUUGCAAAAGGUGUUGUAAUUACAAACGUUGACUGAACUGGAACGCAAUUGAGAUCAUAGUACAUUACGGUUCCUGUUAUUCUGAAAUGGAGCUUACAUGCAGAGAUAUCAUUAAAAAUUCUCUUAUUAUGGAUGGAGAGGAGUGCAGUUCGAGAGCUGAGUUAGUUGAUCAAGGAAUGGCUAAGAAAUGCAAGGUGUUAUGAUGACGUCACCAUUACUGACUGGCAUCGCGUUAUAUACUAAGUAUGGCUUGGCGGUCGAAUUGACUAUAGGGGGAGGCAAGGAGGAGAGGCUUAACAUCCACUGCCAAAGGUUAGGUAGACGAGGUUCCCAUCCACUGCCAAAGAGAAAGGAAGACGACGACAUGAGUAUGAGAGAGAAAGAGGAAGACUGUAUUUUACAGAUUGAUCCUGAGGAUAUGACCAAGAAAGAGAGAGGGACUCGGGUGAUAUUAAGAGUACGAGAAGAGGCAAGAGGUUCUCCGGAAACCUACAAAACCUUAGAUGCGGGUAAUCCAGCGCAGUUAUGAAAAAAAUCAUCUGGACGCCUUAUCUUAAACACACGAAUUUAAAAAAAAAUAAAAAUGAGAUUGAUUUUUUUUUUUGCUGUGCUGGGGUGUGAGGCUGGAUCUGGCAGGUCUGGAUUUGUAAUGCUACUCUUUUUGAA